AUGGAGCACGCCAGCUCACAGGCACAGCUGCCGUCUGUGCAGGAACACAGUGCACACAACGGCAGCGACACCGACAGCGUGUCGAGGGCCGGGUCUGGGACGCAGCAAGCUUUUCAAGGCGACCCUCACCAUUCCAGACACAGCACUGCUGCCACUCAGCUUGCUGAGCCUGUUGAAGGGAAUGGCAACGGCGACGAUGACGGCGAUGGGGACGAUGACGGUGAGGAGGACACGAGUGGCGCGUCUUCGCCGCGAUCCCAGGCUGCUGCCUGGAUGCGCAAGUAUGAAUGCAAAUGUCGUUGUGUGCAGCGAGUACCCAACGCCUUGGAUAUAGCCACUUCAUUCCGAACGCAGACAAAGGAGACCAGAAUCAAUUUUGCACGCGCAGCAUUCUUUGUCUUGGCGAGCUGUCCAACGUCAGAUGCCACACUUCAUGGCGCGUCCAGCGGCGAUGACGCCACAUCAGGAAUAACAGCAACCAUCACAACAACUACAUCACCAACAGUGGUGACAGCAACAACAGCAGCACUGACGGCAGCAACAACAGCAACAACGACAACGACAGCAGCAAGCACGUCCUGCGCCACCUCCAUUGCAAGCUCCAACUCCGCUCAACCCAGCACAACAGCUCCACUCCACCGUGCUACAUCUGAGCUGCUGCCGCCUCGGACCACACAAGAAAGCCCCCUCCUUCCGUCUUCACUACCUCAACAGCCCGCUUGCACGCUAGCGGAAGGUGCUGCGCACGCCCCUGCUGUGCCCACAGCCCAAAGCAGCACCCGCAUCGCUGAUCCAGAAGAGGUGUUGGGGCAACCGCUUCUCACAUCAACCGUGCUUUUGCCACGCGCAACUCCCAAGGCCCCGCUCACUGUCACCAAGCUGUCUCCUCCAGUGCGGCGUCGCCCACACGCACCGGCACAGGCCUUGCCGCUGUCGCACCACUCGACAGGAGGGGGGCAGCAGCAACAGCGAGCAGAACAACGACCACAAGCACACCAGUUGCCACCCCAGCCAUCGCCACAGCACAAACACCAUCAUCAGCAACAGGUGGCGCUGGCGCCGGGUGGGCCUGCGUCGCGGGUGGGCCGGUCCUCGAUUGCAUACACGAUCCGCGGCCAGCAGGUGUGCAAGCGUGCGUUUGCAGCCAUUGUGCAGUUGUCUCCGCACACGCUUGGCCGACACCUCACGUCUGUCACGGGCAGCAACGCGUUCCCGUUCACGGAUUCGCAGCGCGGGAAGACCAGAGGUAGCUGUCGCCCCCACACAGACAUCAUCUCUCGCUUUCUCAAGCGUCUGCAGGCAGAGCACCAAAUUGCAGCAGCACGUGACACCAACACCGAAGGAAUGGCUGGCAACACGAGAGAAUUGGCCUGCAAUGCUAGCAUGCCUCCCACCAACACCGCCGGCAGGGGGGCGCAUACUUCUGGUCCUUUGAGCACAGCGGUGCAGUCUGGGCAGAGCGUUGGACGCUCGCUGCUCAUGCUGCCGUCAACAAUGACGAAGAAAUCAGUGUAUGAGCAAUAUAAGGUGGCGUUUCCGAUGCUGGCGCGCGAGAUUGGGCGAGAGGACUUGAAACCAAUUGUGUAUUCCUCCUUCACGCGUGUCUGGGCGAAGUACUUUAAAGACCUGAAGCCUGGUCUUGGGCAUGACCUGAAUCCCGCUCCCGCCCAUAGCCUUGUUGCAUCUGCCCGGCAAAGCGACUCGUCACACACCCAUCAUCAUCAUCAUCAUCAGCAGCAGCAGCAGCAACAACAACAACAACAACAACAACAACAACAACAACAACAACAACAACAACAACAACAACAACAACAACAACAACAACAACAACAACAACAACAACAACAACAACAACAACAACAACAACAACAACAACAACAACAACAACAACAACAACAACAACACAUCUUGCAGCCAUUGCUACAGAUGCCCAGCAGAGAACCUCCAAGAAAGGCUGCCAAGCAUUAG